CGGCAAUGCAUCCCCAUCCCCCACACGGUGGCCGUCUCUUCGGGUGAAAGCUGUCUUCUCUGCGCCACUGGUCCGACAAAACGCUGCUGUAGCAGAGCCAGUCCGCACCGACCUGAGGCAGCGCAGACACACGGGAGACAUCACGCACGCACACCAACACACGGGGAAUCUUUUGUAUUUGUUCGACCAAGUGGCUUCGAUUUGCAUAUCCACUUCCACUCCUUCCUCAUUUGCAUACAGCAAGAAUGGCGAGCGGGCAUCCCACAGACAAAUUCAGUUUCAUGUAUCAACCAGACACGCACAAGAGUAAGAACAGGUUAGCUUCAGCUAUGAAUCCCGUCUACAGCCCAGUUCAGCCUGGCACCCCAUACGGAAACCCUAAGAACAUGGCCUUUACAGGCUAUCCAGGAGGGUAUCCUGCCACGGCUCCCACCUAUACACCCAACCUCUAUCAAACAGGCAGUCCUGGGUAUCCACCAGGAUACACUUCGGCAGGCACCCCGUACAAAGUGCCCCCCACUCAGUCGAAUGGGGCACCCCCUCCCUACACUCCCACCCCUACCCCAUACCCAACAGCCAUGUACCCCAUCCGCAGUGCCUACCCUCAGCAGAACCUAUACGCACAGCAGACCCUAGGCUUCACCAACCAUUUCCUGUGUCCGUCCCGACAGGGCGCGUACUACACCCAGCCAGUGUAUGCGGCUCAGCCCCAUGUGAUCCAUCACACCACCGUGGUGCAGCCUAACAGCAUCCCCUCCACGGCCCUCUACCCGGCCCCCGUCCCGGUAAACGCUCCUCGCAACAACGGCAUGGCUGCCAUGGGGAUGGUAGCCGGGACGACCAUGGCCAUGAGUGCAGGGACCCUGCUGACAACGCCCCAGCACGCCCAGAUCGGAGGACACCCGGUUACCGUGCCAACCUACAGGCCCCAAGGGACACCUGGGUACAGCUACGUACCGCCUCACUGGUAGAGCCCACUCAUCAUAUCUGGAGUCCACCAUCGUAUGCAACUGCUCAAAUCUUACACGGGCUCCCACUGGUAACCAUGGGAACCCAGCACCUGUCUGCAAGAACAAAACUAAAGUGCAACAGCCACUUUACUAUUAUUGUUAUUGUUAGUAUGCGACAUUCUCUAACGUUUUUACAAAAGCUGCUUUUAUUUUUCUCUGUUCAUUUGCCAACCAGUCAUUACCUUAUUUUCUACGGUUAUUUUUAAUUUUAUCGAAUUUUCUUUUUUUCUUUUUUUUCUUUUUUUUAUGUGUCUAUCAUUGGAACUCCAGAAGGACUCUUGACCAAUCACGGGUGUCAGUUGCUCCGGUUUCUGUGUUGUGCUGGUAUGUGUGGUCCUUCCUGCUGCUGCUGCUCGGUUGGCUGGAAUAUAUUGGGCACUUAUUCCUCAUUACCAUCUCCUUCAGUCACUACGAAGACUUAUUGACUUAUGCUGCCAAAGUUUUAACAACUAGAUUUCAGCACAGGGUUUUAACAUUAUGAGCAAUUUAGUUUUCUGGGUUAUUUAAGUUUUUUUUUAAAUAUUUUCUGUUUUUGUUUUUUUUUCCUUUUUGGGUUCUUCCUUUUUCGGGUUUUAAUCUGAGUCGUCUUCCGGCGCGUUGCUGUCCGUCCGGCAGUAGUCAGUCCAUCACCCCCGUCGUCCCAUCGCCAUGUAAGUGCUAUGAGCAGAGCGCUUACGCUACCCAUCCUGCUGCGUGUCCCACUGUCCACAUUUGCAUAGCACACACUAAGGAAACACUUACUUUGUGCUACGUACAGCGCAGGCUGGUAUGUUGUGACACUUGUCGGAAUCUUAACCUUAGCGUAGGUCAAUGCGUUUUAGUGGGAAUAUUCAUAAUGGCUGUGUCAACGGCGUGAGUGGUCAUGCUCACUUUCUCUCUCUCUCUCUCUCACACACGCGCAGGGGCUCCUGUGGUGCGUUAGAAAAACACCGGAGUGGCACUUACUGCACAAAACCUUCCAGUUAUGUUGUUACUGAUCAACACACCCGCAUACAUGGUCUUCUAGUGGUGAGCAUGGCAGACAGCAGAGAAGGAGUUUAAAGGGAUUGCGUUUGCGCAGAGAGAGAGAGAGAAAGAGGAGAACGAGACGGGGCGAUCGGACCGCGCGGAGGGAGGAGGAGGAGGAGGAGGAGGAGGAGGAGGAGGUCACAUGUUCACUGUCGGGUCACUUUCAUUUCAAGGUCCAAAACGUUUGAGUUUGUGACGUCUCACCUGCAAGAAACAGCACGAGCACUCUGCUGCUUUUGCACUACAUGUGUUGUACCUUGAGUCCCCACUGCGACCUCAUCACCUCCUCAUCCCUCCCUUCCUCCCUUCCUUCCUUCAGGCAAGGACUUAAUAACCAAACACUCAACAAAUGGAAACCCAGACUCUGGAGCCUACAGUCAAUACUGGACCGGUCACACACAAGGGGCGCUGAUAAAUGGAUAGAGUUCAAUCCACGUGUUCAUUACAACCAGUGACACGUCGUUGUGCACCACACGUAGGACGACAUGGCGGCCAAUGGGAGGGGGCGCCGCUGUGCGUCUGGGCCGUGUCAUAGUGAGGGUUUGCUGUUCUCUGAAUCUGGGUGAACAUUAUAACUUUUGGGGAUUUGGCAGGUGAAUUGCGAGAGGACUGUGGUCCAACCGGUGCUGGAUUAAGUGGUCGUGUCUACAACAGUGAAGACAAUGGAGGACGCUUUAGCCUAGAGUGCAGAGCCGUGAUGACGCCGCGUCACUUCGUUUUCAGUCCCGUUGACUUUUGAGACUACAGUUUUUAUAAAAAGGAUGAAUCCAUUUGUUCACCAUCUUUUUGUUUGUUCACGUUUCUGGAAAGAAGGCAUAUCUGCUUUUACUGACUGAAUUUUAAACAAUUCUCCAUUUAAAAAAUAAAUGAGGUAAAAAAAUCCAGCAUAACCUCGAGGGUCAUCAGAGGAUUGGAGGCAAUGAGCCUUCUUCUCAUACAUGUAAAGUGCUUGUGUUCACAGGCAGUAUGAUGACCCGUCUUAACACACCAAGUAGUAGUGGUGGGGUUUAAUAUUAAGGUGAUUCUUAGGUAAUACAAUAUAUUAUUAUUUCAGGAUUUACACAUUUAAAAAAAAAAAAAAAAAGAACGACUUCAUGAUCGGUAUACUACAGAUUUGUAUAACAAAAGCAUUUAGUGUGCGGGUAUAUAGGUGAAGUGGUUUGAUAUUGCAAUAAAAUGAGAGGGAACCCCUCCAACUGUUAACACACAGUAAUUAUCAGCUUUUUGAAUGGUAUUUGGUUUUAUGCUUAUUGUAAUCUUUAAAUAAUGGAUUACAGGCUCUGUAUGCAGCCUCCAUUCAAUAAUUAUUACAAUCACUGCUAAGACGUGAAGUAGAACAUAUCAAAACAUUUUGAACUGAGGAAAUAUUGCACAACAGAAGACAAAAAAAAAGACUUGAUGACUAUAACUUAAUGUUAAGUAACAGGUACCUAGGCUUUGUAGUGCUGGAGGAAGAAGCAAUUUAUAUUGUAAUGAAAAAUAAAACAAUAAGGUUGAGUAUUUGAGGUAUUCUUAGUCCAGAUGUUUGUACACUUGUAGGUUAACUUAAGAAAAUAUUGCAUUAAGCCGCUGUCGGAUGAAAACAUCAAUCUUUGAGCCUGAUUUUGUUUUAAAGGAUUCUUCUGUGUAGAAUAAAGUGGUCCAACAUUCUUGGGUCAUAACGAGUCUUUUCCGAUUGAAUUCAAGCCAGUUGAUUUGAAGCUGUUUUCUUGCGACAGCAGUGAUGUUCCUCAUCAUAAGGAUUUAUUUAACCAACCACUACUUCUGUCAGUAUUUCUCAGUUAAGUCUUAUGGGUUUCAUUUUUCUUCUUCUUUCACUCUGGUCACUUGAGCGUAAUGAGUAUGCAUAAUAUUCAGGUGUAUUUCACUAUAGCAUUGGAUCUCUUAAGUUUAAAAAGAACCUGCAGUAUAUUUGUACAGCCAGUGGUACAGUAAUGUAUUUCUAGCUAAGCAUGGUUGCAUCAGUGUGGCAGCUACUGUUUGUGCUUUGAAUAUAUAUAUAUACAUAUAUAUAUAUACACACAUAUUUUUUAUCUCCUCUGCAUCUCUGUCCUUUACAUAUCGGUCACUGAGAAAGGGGGAGACGUUACGACGAGGUCCCGCGACAAACUUGUGGCAAUUCAACGACACCAAAUCGCCACAUUUUUUUGAAAUGUUGCUUGAAUUAAUCCGAUCUGGAGUGGGCAGGUCUUUGUUGCCCCAUCGAUGCUUCUGGAGGUUGCAGAGAUGUAAGGAACCAUGAAUGAAAACCCUCCACGCCCUUCUGUGCCAUGCCAUAUUUCCCGAGAGUAAAUAUUAGUUUCUCCUCCUAAGUGACCGGUGAACUCUUGAGUCCUUGUUGUGUCUGGCUUCCUGUGAAUCUGUUUUUUCUAUUCCUGUCCUAUCCCUCACAUUGUUGUUGGUGCGUAUUCUCACGUUUAUCUCUCUCUCAACUGUAUCCUCUGUUAAUCCUAUUUUCACUUCAGAGGCCAUUCUGCAUCCCUUCCCCAACGUAAAAAGAAAAACACUUUUCAUUUCAUCCAGGGAUGCAAAAUGAUGUCGGAUCACAUGUUCUGCGCCCCCUCUCGCCUCCUUUACCACGCUGCUCUGUGUUUUUGGCCUCAGUCUGACCUUUGCCGCCAUCGCCCCGUCUCUGCCCGCGGUUGUGUUAAACUGCAACUUUUUUGUGUGUGUCCCUUUUCUUUCGGUAAUUUUGGAAACACUCUCACUUCGCCUUGUUUUCUAAACACUGUGACCGUCUGGAAGUGGCAUCGCCGGUUCAAGGCUUUGAGCCAAAGCGUCAAACGAAUCAUUUCUGGGUGUCGUUUCCAUCCGAGAAGCACAAUUUGGACGACAUAUUUUGAGCACUGAGAUUUAUUCUUUUUCUAAAUUCCAACAUUUUUAUCCAUGAUGUUUUUUGUUGCGGUAGUUUUAUUUUCUUAGACUGUGGACCAACACUCUUAAAAAAAACAACAAC